AUGAAAACUUCUCCGAUAUCCCCCCUCAACCCUAUUCCGCACGCUUGCUCGUGCCACGCCCGCCGCCCUCCUUUGCGAUCGGCCCCCCUUGGCCGCCGAUUUAUCACCUUCCUCCGCCGAUUUUUCUUGCUGUCGCAUCUGCUUCUGAUCAGAAGGGUUCUGCGAUAGAUAAUGGCAGGUGAAUCAGAUGAGGAGUUUGAUGAGGGAGUCAUGGUGGGGCAACUACCCGUGGUAUCUGUGCCAAGGCAUAUCAAGAAGAGAGCUCUCAAGAACAAAGCUCUGUCUGUCAGUUUCGAUGCCAAAGAACUCAGGGAAUAUGUUACUGGCUUUCACAAAAGAAAGGUGAAAAGAAGAAAAGAAGCACAAAAACAGUUGCAAGAAAAGGAGAGGUUGAAGAGGAUCCGGACUCGGAAAUUGAGGAAACAAGAAAAAGAAAUCGCAUUGUACGGUAAGGUUCUUUCUUCAGAAGAUCCACCUCCUGCUGCUGCUGAGCCCGAUAAUGAUGGUCAUGCCGAGCAAGACAACAUGAUAGCAUCUGCUUCAGAGACAAAGAUGUAUGAAGACCGCACCACAACCAUUACAGUUACUACAAGUUCUAUUUCCCAUGACGACAACGAUGAUGAUGAUGACUUGAAGCCAACGGACAUUAUACCGUUUGCGACUAGAAAAGCAGAAAAGAGCCCUGGCUUGGCUGUGAAGAAGAAACCAUUAAAGAAAGUCGCUAAGCACAAGUCACAUAAGAAAGGUGGUAAGAAGCGUUCAAUCGAGAAGAAACAUAAAAAGAACAAGAGGCAUAAACGAUGACCAAUUCGCCCUGGUUAGCCCUCUUUCUAGCGCUUGUAGUAAUUUGUUACGAUGAGUUUUAACCUUUUUGAUACACCAAGUUGCUACAACAAAAUUGGUGGUGGUGUAAUAUUUUCUGAUAUUGGACACUAGCAUAAUAUUGGUUCCUUGGUUUCAUGGAAAAUAAUA